AUGUCGCGGACUCAGCAAGAUCAGUUCAUCGAUGACGAUGAGGAAGAGACAUGUCCUCUCUGUGUAGAGGAGUUCGAUCUAUCAGAUCGCGGCUUUCGACCAUGCGUCUGUGGCUAUCAGAUCUGCCAGUUCUGCUAUCAUAACGUGCGCAAUAAUAUGAACGGCCUCUGUCCUGCCUGUCGCCGUCCAUAUGAUGAUGCCAACAUAGAGUUUCGCAGGCCUGGCCCGGAAGAGUACACAUCCCUAGCCAAACAAGCUGCCAAGCAAAAGAAGCAGUCCGCCGCCGCCCAAAAGGAAGCUCAGAAGCGCGAGGCCGACACACUCUCUCGCAAGCAUCUCGCUGGUCUGCGCGUCGUGCAAAAGAACCUGGUUUAUGUGACUGGUUUGAGCCCUAGAGUGCAAGAAGAUAGACUGCUCGAGACUCUUCGCGGCGACCAAUACUUUGGCCAGUACGGCAAGAUUGUCAAGAUAGUCGUCAGCAAGGCAAAGGACAACAUCAACCCCCAGUCCGUCGGCGUCUACGUCACCUACGCCCGCAAGCAAGAUGCUGCCUCCUGCAUUGCUGCCGUCGACGGCUCGCAAAACGGCGAUCGCGUUCUAAGAGCUCAGUUCGGCACCACCAAAUACUGCUCCGCCUACCUCCGCAACGAACAAUGCACCAACCGUAACUGCAUGUUCCUGCACGAACCUGGCGAGGAGAACGACAGCUUUACCCGCCAAGACUUGUCUUCGAUGAAUGUCAUCUCGACACAGCAUCCACAAGCACCGUCGCAGCCAACCUCGCAGCCUCCGCCGCAAAGUCAACAGCCUGUUGCCGCCGCUCACACCCUCUCUAGGCAAGACUCGCAAUACAUUCCUCCAAGCCCGAGCGUCGAACAUGAUGGCCCUGCACUGCCUUCAACUGCCAGCUGGGCGUCCAAGGCUCCUCAAAUGAGCCGCACAGCUAGCAGUCGCUCUGUGUCCCUCGUUAUGCCUAAAGAACCAGCUAGAGAAAAGCCCAAGCCUGAGCCGCAACCUCAGCCUCAACCUGAACCCGAACGCGAACCGUCUCCUUCGCCAGAGCCCGAACAGCCUGCAACUCCCAGCCCGCCUCCUGCUCCUGUCGCACCUGUCAGAAAGAAGAAGCCGGUCGUCGAGGAUCCCCUGACCCAUAUGUUCAAGGCUUUCCAGUCUUUCGACCUCAAGUUCGUCCUGUCUAGUAAGGCAUUGGAGGACAGCAACAUUGACUUUGACACUUUCCCAUCACUAUUCGACCCUCACGGUGGAGCCAAGAGACGUGCAAUGAGACAACGCGAAGAGGAGGAAGACGAGGAGCGCAGAAGAUUGGAAGCUGAAGCUCAACUAGCUCAACAGACUGUUAACAGCGUCGAAGACGAAAAUGGUCCCGAAACUGGUGGUAGCAUGCAACUUGGAGGCGAGCCCGAGGACACCAUGGGCCGUGGUCAGUCUCCACAGCACGCCAUCGAACCUCCUUCGCGCACCAACUCAGUCAUCGACGGCGGAUUUCUCUCCAACGAGCUGUCCAAUUUGAGCAUUACUGCCCCGAAUCUGACCGCCCAACAACGCCAGCAGUUGCUUCUCCAGCAGUUCAAGACCCCUUCAGCUGCAUCUUCUCAGCCACCCUUCCAGCCACCACCUGCUGCUCCGGCUGGCCACGCACGUAAUGUUUCACGAUACACAUUUGCAAACGACACCAACACUGCUUCAGCUGCCGUCAAGCCUGUCGCCAAUGCCAAACUCAUGAACCAACAAUCCUCCAUGAUGCCUUCUCAGUCAUCCUUCCAGCAGCCCCCUCCUAGCGGAUUUUACAGCAAUGUUCAGGGACCUCCACCCGGUCUCAAAACCACUGGCACUCCUCCUUUCAGCGGAGGUGGCAUGUUUGGCCAAGGUCAUGGUUUUGCAACAAGCGGCUUGGGUUAUGGCGCCAACUUGACCGGUCGCAACCCUAACGACGAAAUGAUGAGAGAUCUUUUGAGAAACCGUAACCUCGGUGGCGGUGCCCAGAUGUCAGAUGCCGCAAAGCGUGAGUUAUUGUUUCCUUCUUUCUUACACCAGCACCCCACCAGUUCCACUCCAGUCCCAGCCCCUGGUCUUCUGAAUCUUCCCUAUGGCACUCAGCCUCAGGCCUUUCAAGACGCUGCCCAGAAGCCCAAAAAGAAGGGCAAAAAGCACAAACAUGCUAACACUUCCUCCUCUGGAGGUGGUGUAGUUGAUGUAGCAGACCCGAGCAUUCUUCAGGCAAGACUGCACCAAGCCGGUCAAAUCGGAAACCAGGGGCUAUUUACUGGUCAGGGACAAGGUGGGUUGCAUAAUGUGUACGGCAGCGCCGACGCUGGUGCUUUCCGCAGAUGGUAG